CGGUCUUAUCUUGAAUUUACACGCCAACUUAUAUAUAAAGCAGCGCAUACUCUCUGGUAUUACAUAUGAAACCGACUUAGCACGCUGGAAUAAGGGGUAUCCAUCUGUGAUUUCAAGACUUUGGUAAUGAGAUGUAUACCGAAGAAAAAAAAGAAAGAAAGAGAGAUCGAAAAACGCAGCUGUCAGCAAUAAAAUAAGUACAAAAUAAGUAGCGACAAUAAAAAACAUUGACAGAAGACAGCAGAUACGUUCCUCGGAGGUUGCUGGUAGAGUUGACAGAGGAUAAUGGACUAAUUAAAGCAUAUUAGGCCAAUCAGGACGCCUUCCACAAAUAAUGGACGACAUCAACUGAGCACAAUUUUGAAUAACAAACCCGAUGCAAUGAGCUUGAGGUGUGAUAGCAAGGCAGCUUUUGGUGUUUGUCUGUGGGUCGCAGUGUGUUUCGUUCUGAUGUAUGUAUACAAUUUUGUGCCGUUACAAACUGAUGGCAAAUUCCAACACAACGGCAUUGGUAAAGAUAAAGUACGGGAAACCAAUGUUGCGAUGCAGCCCAACAGGAAGAGUAGAGCAAACUCCGAGAGGACAACGACUGAUACGACUGUACAGGACGUGACGUCAGAAAUAUGGCGGAAGUUGAUGAGACCUAGGGCCAAAAAAUCUUUCCGAGAAUCCGUGGAUCACCAUUACUCUCAGUCUCACCAGGAUCAAACUGUGUACGACAUCUUCCCUCAGAAGAAUGGAUUUUUCAUAGAAAUGGGCGCCUAUGAUGGAAAAGUGCACUCCAACACUUUAUGGUUGGAGAGGAAACAUAACUGGACUGGGCUACUUAUAGAGGGAAACCCCAAAUCAUGUCGCAGUAUCGAUAGGCUGCAGAGGCAAGUUUGGCGUUUGUGUGCGUGCGUGUCGAAUGAAAAAGAGGCUUCGUUCAUAAUGGGAAAUGAAGUAGGAGGUGUUGGGAAACAUAUGCCAAAAUCGCAUUUGGUUCAUUUAAACAGUUUUCAAAAAGUACAGAUUCCAUGUUUCAAUUUGCGUGACGUUUUAACAAUUAUUGGUGUUUUUCAUGUGAACUAUUUUUCUUUGGACGUAGAGGGAGGGGAAAUACACGUGCUGAAUAGCAUGAAAGAAGAUUUGGUUUCUAGAAAAAUCAUUGUAGAUGUGUGGACUAUUGAAUAUCGCGCAUGGGCGGGGCAAAAAUUUGAUUGGCAGAAAGGAAAGGAAAAUCUGGCCAAUUUGCGAGCUUUUUUCAAAGAAGUGGGAGGAUACGUAGAACAUUCCCAGCUAGCAUACGAGAGACAAAGUCUCCCAGAUGGCCAUUAUUUAGAUGUUGUGUUUGUGUAUAUAGAGACUUGGUGUAAACACAAUGGCAUGCUUCCCGGGGGGAAGAUAAAAUGUUAAAUGUUUGAAACAGUGGUGCUACAAUGCAAUAUCUAUCUAUCUAUCUAUCUAUCUAUCUAUCUAUCUAUCUAUCUAUCUAUCUAUCUAUCUAUUUA